AUGCCUCCUCAUAGAGCUUAUGUAAGGAAUGUGAAUGCCCACAAUACUAACUCAGCUCCUCCAGUUCCAGACCAAGAGGUUUUGAAUGCAAUCCAACUUUUGACUCAGAGUGUGAAUAACCAGAAUAACCAUCAGGUUCCAGUUCCUACAAAUGUUAGUGGUGGAUACGUGGCAGCCAGGGUUCGUGAUUUUGUUAUGAUGAAUCCGCCUGAUUUUUUAGGGUUGCAAGUUGGUGGGGAUCCGCAAAAUUUCAUAGAUAAGGUCAAUAAGAUCUUUAGAGUGAUGCAAGUUACUGGUAAUGAUAGGGUUGAGUGGGCAUCUUACCAGCUUAAGGAUGUGUCUCAUAUUUGGCUCACUCAGUGGAAGGAAAAUAGGGGUACUGAUGCAUUUCCUAUUACUUGGGAGUGUUUUAAUGAAGCCUUUGUAGACAAGUUCUUCCCAAGAGAGUUAAGGGAGGCAAAAUCUCAGGAGUUCAUGAAUUUGACGCAAGGUAGUAUGUCAGUCCAACAGUACAGACUCAAGUCCACCCAACGCUCCAGGUAUGCUCUUUACAUGGUUGCUGAUUCCAGGGCUCAAAUGAACAAGUUUCUGUAUGGGGAUCAGAAAGGUAGGGCAUCAGGCUCUAAGUCUCUGGGGAGUGUUUCAGGAACCAGAAUCUACCCAACUUGUCUUAAGUGUGGUAAAAACCAUCCAGAAGAGUGUCUUGCAGGAAAUGAAGAAUGCUUUAGGUGUGGUCAGACUGGUCACAGAUUGAGAGAUUGUCCUUCUUCUAAACAGGAUCAAUGA